UGCACCUGGUCUACAGUAUACUUUUAUUUUUAAAUAUAAUUGAGUGCGAUUCUCUUGCUAGUGUAUUUUAAAUAAUUCCUUACUUGCUGCUUGUGCUUUGGAAUCGAUGCAGCUCUCCUAGUGCAAUUUUUGACCAGUUUUUUGUACUUGCUUUUUGGGUAACUUUCACGUGAGUACUGAAUUUGUUUUUGUGUUAUCACUGUGUUCUCGUUCCUAAUCAUUCCAUCAGCUGUUUUCUGGAGACUUUAACGGUGGGUGACAUUGUUUACCACUUAUCAUUCUACUGUACUCUGCACUCAUCCUACUGGAGACUUUAACGCUGGUACCUAUCUGUAACUACAUACUUUGAGUACUCCAAUACACUUCGUCAUGUCGUCUAGUAAAACAACCGUUAAUACUGCUCAAAAAUCACCCACUAAUAGUCGGGUUCUUCGUAACCGCACUGGACCUACCUCUUCUAAUGCAACAGUUACCAACUCUACCUCUUUAGAUGAUGUUAUGUCUACAUUGCGCUCCUUUCGGGAUGACUAUAUGUCCUCCAAUAAAACGCAAUCUGCUGCCCAAGCGUCUCAAUUUAAAGAAUUGAAAAACGACCUUAAACAGCUUUCAUGUCUAGUUGCGGAUCUAAAAGCUGAAAAUUCAGCGCUGCGUAUUGAAGUUGAUUUACUUAAGAACAAGGUAGAGUCCCUUGAGUCAGGUUCCACCUCUGUUACUGCGGAAACCACUGUUACUCAAGUUUUGCAAGAGACUUUUGAGCGUGAGCGUUGUUCUUUCAACGUUAUUGCCUAUGGUGUCCCUGAGUCUAAGUCCUCUUCUGGUUCCCAGAGGGCUGAAGAAGAUAAAGUCUCCCUGCAGGAACUGCUCCGUGCUAAUACCAAUGUACCGUUAAGUGGCUGUAAAUAUGUACGGCUUGGUAAAGCCAAAUCUGAUAACGUACGCCCUCUUAAAGUUAUUUUUGGAUCUAAAGAUAAUGCUGCAAACCUUGUAACCACCUUUAAUGAGGCUAAGCGACAAGGAGUGCCAUUUCCACGAGGUUUUCGAAUUAUCAAAGAUAAGACCCUGCUUCAACGGAGGCAGCUUAGAUCCUGCCACUUGGAACUUGAUCAUCGGACUUCUAAUGGUGAAUCUGGGCUUUCGGUCAAGUAUGUGAAUGGUGUUCCGAAAGUGAUCUCGGGGUCAAAAAAUUGGGAACCUCCACAACGCCAACCAGGUCCAAAGUCCAACAAUCAAAGCACCCCCUAGACUUAACAGUUUCUGGCUUCUACCAGAACUGUAGAGGGCUACGCACGAAACUUUCUAAUGUUAGAUGUAAUGUUGUGU